CGCAAGGACGUGGGCACGCAACGUCUCUUGAGGGAAAGCGGAGCAGAAGAGCGAAACAUGGCGACAUCGAACAAUCCGCGGAAAUUUAGCGAGAAAAUCGCUUUACAUAAUCAGAAGCAGGCAGAAGAGACAGCAGCAUUCGAGGAAGUGAUGAAAGAUUUGAGUAUUACCCGAGCAGCGAGGGAGCCUGGUGGAGAUACAGUAGAUACAACCAUACUCCAAGGCAGGAGUCCUGCAGGCCAUUUCCCUGCAUCCAGGUUGAGACCUGCUACCAGCAGGAACAUGGAACACUCCAUGUCAGUGCUACAGAAAGAAUAUUCCAAGGACCACCAAAGCCUUCUGACCAACAACCUGCAAUCUCUCCAGAGUAGAAGUGAGUCUGCUGGGCCAUGGAACUCUUGAGAGGCACGUGUAAAAACCUGCCACCCUGUUGUUAGCCAUCAGCAGACAGUUAGUUCCCUGAGGAAGGAUGCAACUGUCAAGGCUUGCCAAUGGCCAAAUGUAGGGGAGAGGGGGUCGAUCACCAAACGCAAUAAAGUUUUGUAGUUGUCUACUCAUGUUCAUUUAAAAAAAAAAAAAUGUAAAACGAUGUUGUUUAAUCCAUAUAAUUGUAUUUUUAAAUGUUGCGAUAUGCCUGGCUGGGCCUCUUGCUUUUCACUGACAGUCGCAAGUCAACUGUUUUGGUAUUUGCAGCGCACGCUGCCCAAAUUGCGGGCCCUUCUGACUGUAGGCUAUGUGAUUUUAAAACUAUUUUUUAUUUAAGAAGCAAUUGAUCCUCUGUGGCUAAAUCAUCCUUUCUUGUGUAGUAGCCUAUUUUGAAUGAUUAUGUAUUUCUGUAUAGACAGGAGUAAACUAAUUAGGCUAUAUAAUUCAAUUUACUUCAGGGAAAGCUUCCCCUAGCCAUAUGGACAUGCCCCCUGUUCCUUUUUAAUGUGGCAUGAACACAACCAGUCAUGAUGUUUUCAUCUGAUUGUUAAACAAUCACUGCUCCUGUAAGAUACCCGUACACAUUUGUCCACUCACAAAAUAAUUUCAGCAUCCAAACCCCAACGGUGCACUAUGCAUCUGCAAUUUGAUGAGUGGAAAGAGACAUCUGUUACAAAACACCUACAUGUAUUGUACUGACAUUCUGUGAUUGUCAUUAGGCCUACACUUGUAGCCUGAAUUGAUGCAUCCAUUGUUGUCCACAUGCGCCUCGGUCUCAGCCACUCAUCUCCGCCUUGUUGACAAGUAUCUCGGCCACUCAUCUCUACCUUGACAAAAUGUAAGUGUUCACCUCAAACCACAAUGCAAUUUGGCUCAUAAACCACCCGGUUUCCAGUCAAUUCGCAAAUGUUGGGGCAUGUUGUAUUAAUUGUGAUAGGCUCAUGUUUUACCGGUACGGUGUACCCACACUAUUUAUCUUUGCGUACUGGACUGUGCCACCUUACUUUCACCCCCUGUGUAUAUAAGACAUCACACAGGUGUGCCUACUAAAUACAUAUCCCAGACAAGCCUGAAGAAUAGGACAAAUAGACAUGUGAAUGUCAGUUCUUUCAGUCGACUCAUUUUGACAUUUCACUACUGGACACGCCCUCUUUUGCGGUCAUAGUUUGGCCAAUCAGAGCUUUGUGGGUGUACGCCAUAAAUGUCUAUAACACCCGGCACCGCUCUGGUUUCCUCAUUCUUAGCCUCUUCAUAAGUCUAUUUGGUUACUUGCCUGUUAAGCAGCUUUCUUCAGAAAACUAGCUCUCAAUUUAACUGUUUCUUUUAGUGAGGAUUAACACCCCAGCACAGAGCAUUCAGUGGCUAAUUUUCAGGAAUUCUGCUAACUUCACUGAGUGAAAUUCAGAGUUAAAUAGCUAAACUUUUAAAGUGUCUUGGCUAGUUAGUGGGUUAACUGCCCCAUUGGUGUUUUAGCUAGCAUCCUCUGGGCUAAACCGCCAUUCGAUUUGUUUGGCUAGCAUGAGCGGUGCUGUUUCUUCAGUGUGUUACCCCACCAUUGAAGCACCACCCCUUUCACAUCCCCCUGUGAAAGAUAACCCACCCAUUUGUUCUACCUCGAGUUACUUAGUUUACACACCGAGUCAACACUUGGCGCUGCAGAGGGUAGUGCGAACGGCCCAAUACAUCAUUGGGUCCAAGCUUCCUGCCAUCCAGGACCUAUAUAAUAGGCGUUGUCAGAGGAAAACCCAUAAAAUUGUCAGACUCCAGUCACCCAAGU